AUGGAGUCCUCACCGCAAGAUUCACUUGCAGGGGAUCUUGGACCAGAGUUCAAGAACGCCAAGUGUCUCAACCUCUGCGAGCUCCAGCUCAUUUUAGGAGACCAGCUUCGCUUGCCUGUCUCCCGUCCUGCUGAAGCGCAUAAGCAUCUGGAGCGAGAAGGAGAUCUGCAACAGUUUGAGUUGGCGCUGCUGGUAAAUCUGCUGCCGCGAACUUCCGACGAAGCAAAAGCACACAUUCCUUCCCUAAUCCGUCUCUCGCCUGCUCGUCUUUCCCGAAUUAUCGACACCCUCGAGGUUUUCAGAGUGCAUGCCUCUUGA